AUGAGAGCAAAUCUAAAAGAGCUCAGGAAUCUUGAGAAUCAGGUUAAGGAGAAGAAGGAAGUCAAUGAUAAUAAAAAUGAUCAGUUAUUCAAGUCAAAGAAAUAUCAAAACGUAGAAUCUAGAUUCAAGAGUGAGACUGAUUAGAAAGUAUUAUCUAGAAGAAACACUUAUGAAGGUUUUAAGAAUUCAGCGAUGCAGUAACUUAACCUGAAUUCUACUGGUAGAGAUCAAAACUCAAAUCCUGCUAAAAGCAUUAGCAGCAAUGGUUACAAUAAUCAGAGAGAAGUAAACUACUAAGCACCUAAAAUAGAAUAUGAUGCAAGUGAGCUUGAAUCUAAGAGUCCUGAAGAACUUGAUCGAAUUCUCUAAUAAAUGGAGGAUUACAGCAAAGCUACUUAUAAAAUUUAUGGCAGCUAGGCUCAAAAUCAUGUUUCUGGCACUAAGUCUAGCUCGCUUAUUAAUGACGAACAAAGAAAGCCUCCAAGACACUCAUCAAGGCCCCCUGUUUCUAAUAGCACAUAGAUGAGAUAACAAAAUCAUGGUGGUAAUUAAGAAGAAAGAAAGCAUAAAAACUUUGGCAAAGUCCCAUCAUAGUAAAUUGAUAAACUUAUAAUUAACCCUCUUUAUAGUCUUUAAAACUACAAAGCUGAAAAGGAUGAAAUUCAAAGAGAAAUGUAUAUAAAUUACUCAUUUGAUAAUAUUUAUAGUGAGCGAGAACUUGAAAAAAAGAAUUGCCCACCAGGCACGAGACAAUUAGAUGAGGAGGAAAGAUUAAGAAUGCUAUAAGAGCUAGAGGCUAGUAAAAAUGAACUUGUGAAUUAAAUGGAGAGACUACCUAUCUCGAUGAAGACUUUGAGCAUGCAAAAGCGAAAAGAUGACCUAGAAGAACAGAUAAGGAGCGUCGAUAAAAAUAUAGCUUUGUUUUCAAAGAAAAAGGUGUUUGUUGCCAUUUGA